UGCAUGGUGACCGAAGGCGCAUUGGAGGGCGAGGGUGAGAGAGGAAGAGGAGGUCGCCUCUGUUUAGAUUACACCUUAACCAUGUAUUUUCAACAAUACUGGAGAGACAAAAGGCUCGCCUAUUCUGGGAUCCCUCUCAACCUCACGCUUGACAAUCGAGUGGCCGACCAGCUGUGGGUGCCUGACACCUACUUCCUAAAUGACAAGAAGUCCUUUGUGCACGGAGUGACAGUGAAAAACCGCAUGAUCCGCCUUCACCCUGACGGCACGGUGCUGUACGGACUCAGAAUCACCACGACAGCCGCGUGCAUGAUGGACCUGAGGAGGUACCCGCUGGACGAGCAGAACUGCACGCUGGAGAUCGAGAGCUAUGGCUACACCACGGAUGACAUUGAGUUUUACUGGCGUGGCGGGGACAAGGCCGUUACGGGAGUGGAGAGGAUUGAGCUCCCACAGUUCUCCAUUGUGGAGCACCGCCUGGUCUCCAGGAAUGUCGUCUUUGCCACGGGCGCCUACCCUCGACUCUCACUGAGCUUCCGGCUGAAGAGAAACAUCGGCUACUUCAUCCUGCAGACGUACAUGCCCUCUAUCCUGAUCACGAUUCUGUCCUGGGUGUCCUUCUGGAUCAAUUACGAUGCCUCUGCAGCCAGAGUCGCCCUCGGGAUCACCACCGUGCUGACGAUGACAACCAUCAACACACACCUCCGGGAGACCUUGCCCAAGAUCCCCUACGUCAAAGCCAUCGACAUGUACCUGAUGGGCUGCUUCGUCUUCGUGUUCCUGGCCCUCCUGGAGUACGCCUUCGUCAACUACAUCUUCUUCGGGAGAGGCCCUCAGAGGCAGAAGAAGCUCGCAGAGAAGAGCGCCAAGGCCAAGAACGACCGGUCGAAGAGCGAGGCCAGCCGGGUAGAUGCUCAUGGAAAUAUUCUGUUAACAUCGCUGGAGGUUCACAAUGAAAUGAACGAGGUCACAGGCAGCGUCGGCGACACCAGGAAUUCAGCAAUGUCCUUUGACAACUCAGGAAUCCAGUACAGGAAACAGAGCAUGCCUAGGGAAGGGCAUGGGCGGUUCGUGGGGGACAGAAGCAUCCCGCACAAGAAGACCCAUCUGCGGAGGAGGUCUUCGCAGCUCAAAAUUAAGAUCCCCGAUCUCACCGAUGUGAAUGCCAUAGACAGAUGGUCCCGGAUCGUGUUCCCGUUCACCUUUUCUCUUUUCAACUUAGUUUACUGGCUGUACUAUGUUAACUGAGUGACUGUCCUUGGUUUUUCAAAGACUCCAUUUAACACUGAGUGAAAUAUUACUCUGCCUGUCAAGUUUUUAUACCUGUAAACACACACACACACACACGCAGACACACACAUAUAUACAUACGCAAUUGUAUAUAUAUGUGAUCUUUCUCAGCAUAUAUAUAAAAUACACGUGUAUAUGAGGAUGUAUGUGUAUAUGUUCAUACACACAGGUGUGAGCACCCAUGUAUGGAAAACAUACACAUACAUGUAUACUUUUUGCAGCUAUGGACAAUUUAAUACAGGAUGCAUAUUAAAGAAAGUCAUCGAUUUUUUUCUUUUUUAAUUGAAAGGGACAAGUAUCUAAAUAUUAUGCCUUGAGAGUGAGGGCGUGAAACACAGUGUCAUCCCAAAACGUGUCUUUAUUAUCAUAAGUUAGGUGUUUUAGUUUAAAAAUCGGAAAGGAAUUCUUAGUUAUUCUUCGAAAUUCAUGCAGCGACACUGCUAGUUUAAAAUGAGUCGCACACCUCAUAUCCUCUUUUUCGGUUUAGUAAGCGAAGGUGUUCUGGCUUUUCUGGUGACGGGGUUGGCAGCCACUGGGCAUCCUUUUUCUGCAACAGUUGAGCAGAAGGGGUGAGUCACUGGCAGUGCUCGCUCCUGGGUCUGAAACGUAGC